AUGAAGGGCGAGCUAGGUCAUUUCAGAUGCCAAUACCGUCAGCUGGAUGUACGGAUAUCCAUGUUCCAUACACAAGGCUCUAACUGCGCCAGGCUGAGUACGGGAUUGUGUGACCAUAAGCCUAGUGGUAGAGCACUUUUCAAUUAUUUGUGCCAUCUUGUUGGAGAUGCCAUUGUUAAGCCCAUUCCUAAUUCCGAGCCUCAGCCAGACAAUAUUCACGUCAUCGAUAUAUGGCCUUCACGGUUGGGGUCAAACGAGGGUGAGAGCAGCGUCAAGGUGCCCACGCAGCUACGGUACACACCUCAAGGAAUAGAAUGGGGUUUCCAGAUCCCCCAUUCUGUGGAGCGCAAUUACUGGUUUAAAUUAGGAUUGGAGGAAAACAAAGAAUCCGUUAAUUGGCAAAAAAGCGCAGAAGAACUGACAACAGGUUUUUUGAAUGAGAUUUAUAAACACAUAAUCUAUACCCUAGAACAAAAGAUUGGGGCAGUAGUUCUUCGAGCUGUUCCUAUCGAGUUCUGUCUAACAGUGCCUGCUAUUUGGUCCGAGGCGGCUAAAGAGAAGACGCUAAAAGCUUGUCAAAAAGCUGGUUUAAAGUCCUCGGAGAUAAUGUUGAUAUCAGAACCAAUACCUGCUGCGAUAUCCGUACCCCAUGAACUCGAUUUUACUACCCUCAAAACUGGAGAUUGGUUUGUGGUCUGCGAUGCUGGUGGAGGAACAGUAGACUUGAUUUCGUACAAGAUCAAGUCCCUUAAACCUAUAGUUCAGGUUGAAGAAGUGACUUCUGGAACCGGUGGUCUCUGUGGCUCAGUCUUCUUAACACGCCGAUUUAACGAUUUUAUAACUCGAAUGCUAAGCGGAGAAGUCGGGUGGGACGAAGAAGUGCUUUCAGAAACUUCAGAUCGGUUCGAUACAGUGAUCAAGCAACAAUAUUUUCCUAUGAAAGAUGGAGACGAGGGAUAUCCAGUACCAGUGCCCGGCCUUCCCGAUAACAAGGGACUAGGUAUACGACGUUCCAAGUUUAUGAUAAGAAAAGAGGAUAUGCGUAAUAUCUUUGACCCUGUUAUCGAAAAGAUUAUCUGGUUCGUACAAGACCAGAUACGUCUGUCUCGGGGUGAAGCAAAAACUGUCCUCCUCGUUGGGGGCUUCGGUCAGAAUCUCUAUUUAAAGCAACGACUGCGUGAAUCGCUACCCACUGUUCAGGUGUUGCAGCCACCAAAUGCCUGGAUAGCUAUUGUUUGUGGAGCCGUCAUGAUGGGCUUAAGCCGCGCAAAUUCUUCACUUCACAAUGUCAAGGUCGUAUCACGAAGAGCACGAAAACAUUAUGGUAUUACGCUGAAUUUGGAAUUCGAUCCACGAAAACACGACGAGAUUAAAAAAUAUUGGUGUCCAUUCCAUAAACGCUAUCAGGUCGAAGUAUUGCAAUGGUUCGUUCGCAAAGGCGAUGCUAUCCAAGAAAACAAGGCGAAGAAUAUUAAAUUCCACGAAAGAUUUCCGGUUAACCAAGGCAAACCUAAAUUCUACGAUCUGACUGUUCUGGCUGAUUCUGAGAGCUCAGUUACGCCAAUUCAUAUUUGCGAUAAUGUCAAAACUCUCACAACUUUGAAGAUUGACCUCAGUCCUUUAUCUGAGUCUCAAUGGAAGAAAACCAUCAAAAAGGGUGCGGAUGGAGUCUAUUAUUACGUCCUCGUUGGGAACAUCGAAGCCACAUUUUUUUCUGCUUUGACGACGUAUAAGCGGGGGGCUUAUAUGCUACAGUGA